CGAGAUUCUUUAAUACGUCAUUUAACACGAUCUACUUUCAGUUUGACUCGGUUGCUGUUGCAGAAGUAACAGACGUCCAGAAUCUCCCCUUACGGAGGCACCGAAUCUUCCCCAAAAACACAGAGGAGCAGGUCUUCCCUCAGCCCCAGUAAUGGCGUCAAACAGGAAAGUGGUUGGGAUCUUUUCACGUGAAACCCAAGAGACAUACGAUUGGCUGAUCACAUUCCUGCUGACCAUAUCUGCGGUGAGGGAUGUCCGACCUGUUCAUAUCUCCAACACCAACUAUGGAAAUGUUUGGGACGAGGCUUCCAAGUGCGCCUUUGCCAUCCUGUACCAUACCAAGAAGAGAGGAAGGAUAAACAUAACCGAUGUGACCGACUCUCUCUAUGACAAAGAACUGCAGGAUUUGUUUAGUUGUCUAGGGAGAGAUAGAGUCAUAGUGGUGAUUGAUGACCUGGAGGACAGCAGUUUGGAGGCCAAGCACAUUAUCCUGGAGAGACAGCCCAGUAUUGGGAGAUGGGCCGUAGAGCUCUUCCUCUUCAGCGACCAGGAGAAGACUUAUCAUGGAACAGCAUCGCGUGGAUACAAAAUGACUGAGCUGGCAACAUUAAUAAAGAAUGCAGACAAGAAAUUCCGUCAUGAUUUCCCAGUUUACAUUGGCAAUGACUAUCCAAGUCUCUGUGAGUUUACAGCAAGACUUUGGAUCUGGGACGUCUUCAAGAGAUACGGCAUAUGCAUAGUUUUCUGGUCCAUCUACAUUUUGAUCCUUGUGAUUUGCGUGGUUGUUAAGUACAAUAACAAGGCGGAGCCAACAAGUUCUCCGCUAAAUGCUUCUACUGACCAUUGGGCCACCGUCUUCAGCUCAGUCAGCCCGACCACACUUCCAUUUCCAGAAAACCUUACCUUGAGCCUGGAAAAUGCCACCACCCUUCCAGAAAACACCUUGACUCCAGAGGUUUCUGUGAAAGCCACGACCAGUCCAGGAACUACACCUUCCAGCCCAGAACGCGUCACCCCAAUCCCACUUCCAGACACAGUCAAGGAGAAACUGAAGCAAAUUCAGGAUCUGAUAUCUUCACUCCUUAAUCCCUUCUUUAAUAACAAAACAUUACAUACCACAUAGCCAGCUUACAGACAUCUGCUCCAGCUUGUUGGAUCUCUCGAGGGCAUGGGAUGAAACAAUGGGUUUCAGUUGGUAGGAAGGUUAGGGUGCGAUGGGUGAAAGUAUUGGCACAAAAAGCCAUUUAAACUUUUAUUCUUUAACCAACAAAUGUAUUUGUAGCUGUAAUAUUGGUGUGUAGG